AGGAGACAUGCACACACUUGAUAAAUAAAAUUAUGGCAAAAAUCACAGAGCAAGCAGCUGAUGAAAAAGACACACCUGAUACUAGCUUCCUUCCAUCCUCUUCAUCUGACGGGACUGAAUCUCUUGUCGCUCUGAUCGACACCAUUGCAGAAGAGCAAGGUGGUCCAUCUGGUGCGGGAUAAGCUGAAAGUUAUGACUCUAGCAAUAGGUGAUGGUGCCAAUGAUGUUAGUAUGAUUCAGGUAGCUGAUGUUGGAAUAGGAAUCUCUGGUCAGGAAGGAUUGCAGGCAGUAAUGUCCAGUGACUUUGCAAUUUCUCGAUUUAAGCAUUUAAAGAAAUUGCUGCUUGUUCAUGGUCACUGGUGCUAUGUCCGUCUUGCAAACAUGAUCAUUUACUUCUUCUAUAAGAAUGUGGCUUACGUCAAUCUCCUGUUUUGGUACCAAUUCUUCUGUGGAUUCUCUGGUACCUCUAUGAUUGAUUAUUGGAUUCUCAUCUUCUUCAACCUCCUCUUCACCUCUGUUCCACCAAUUAUUUAUGGUAUCCUGGAUAAGGAUGUUUCUGCAGAAACGUUGCUCCAACUCCCAGAACUUUACACAAGUGGCCAACGCUCUGAGGCCUACUUACCAUCAAUAUUUUGGAUGUCUAUUCUGGAUGCUUUUUAUCAAAGUUUCGUUUGCUUCUUUGUUCCAUAUUUUGCUUACUCUGGAUCAGAUGUGGAUAUCUAUACAUUUGGAACACCUAUCAACACUACGAUGCUGUUCAUAAUAUUUUUGCACUUAAUAAUAGAAGGCAAGACUUGGACUUGGAUUCAUUGGACUGUAAUGUUUGGCAGUCUUCUCUUUUAUUUCAUGUUUGCGUUAAUCUAUAGUGGAACUUGUGUUAGCUGCAACCCUCCGUCAAAUCCAUACUGGAUCAUGGAACAUCAACUGGCAGAACCACUCUUCUACCUGGUCUGCACCCUUGCAACAUUGAUAGCUUUGUUGCCCAGGUGGUACCUCCGGGUUUUCCAGGGAACGGUAUUCCCGUCGCCACUGCUCAAGGCUCGUCAGCUGGACAGCUUGAGAAAUAAAGCACAAAAAGACUUAACUCAGGUGUGCAGGACACCUAGCCAGUCUGUGCAGCAUGCAUUGUAGAGGUCCUGAGCACCACCAGCUCCCUUGGCAACAUAAUCUUUUCAAGAAAAGAAGCUGCUCAGUGGUGAUAACUUUCUGAUAUUUCAGGAGCCAUAACAGUAAUAGCCCUGAUUUCAUUGAAUGAAAUAACAAAAGAACAUAGCAACAUAUUUAGCCAGAGGCUGAAUAUUUUACUUAAAGAAGGAAAGACACUGCUUUUCUUCAAAAGUUGCAUAUGGCAUAUGCUGUCCUUAAUGGGUCGGAUGCACCCAUGACUUGAGGUGAGAACAACCAAGGAACUGCUUUACAAUCUAAAAAUGCAAAACCUUCCACUCCAGUCUGAGGUAAGACUGAUGAGUUAUCAGAAUUCUCUCUAGCUAUAUGGUUCCAUUAUCCACUUGGAACAUAUAGAGGUUUUAAAAAGACUUUUGUUUCUCUCCUUCUAUAGAUGAAGGAGUAAAUACUUUUGCCAGUAUUUGCGCUACCAUUUUCUUUGGAAACUAACCUGAGUUGCCUUGCUGAAGGGCACUCUCUGAAAUAAUACUCCUUAUAGAGAGAAAUAGGGUGCCCCAUAGAAUCCACAUUAAUGCCCACAGUUCCUUAAGGAGUAAGCUCCUGAGGUCAAUCAUGUCGCUAAGGGUGGUUGCAAUGUGGAUUGUAGGACUUGCCCACAGGACAAACGGCAAUUCCUUGAUCCUUUUAGACUAACAAGGAAUGUAGCUCUGAACUCCAACUUCCUGCCUUCCAGUCAGCAACAAUUCAAAAGGACAAAUAGUGAGACAGCCUUGGUUCAAACCUUUGGUGUUCAUCUAAACUCAGUGUGCAAUUCAUUAUCAUCUGUUACUGCUAAUAACAUAACUUCUCAAUGCCAAAUUGGUCUGUUUAAUGGCUCCAAUGCAAAACAAAUGAUGGUCCCUUUAUGAUGGCAUAUGCCAAAAAUUUUGUAUAUUUUUUCAAUUUAAGUCUGUCAAGUACUGAAUUAAAUGGACCACUGUUGUUUGAAAUUUUAUCAAAAUUUAUGCAAUGAUCUCCAUAACUCAAAUUGGACACAAACAUUUAAUGAAACUCAAGCAAAAGUGACUCAUCUCUCUAUCUUUUAUAUCUUUUCUGUAGAAUGUUUAUUGUCUACUUAAAUUGGUUCAACCUACAUGCAAAUAUUUAUGCCAAUUCAACACAAAAUAGACUCAAAGUGAUUCAAUAAUACAUUUUUGGUGUUUCCUUUUAAUAAUGUUUCAAGAGGUUUUUUUUAAAUCUAUGACUAUUCUCCACAUCGUUUAAUACAUCAAAUUGAUUUAUAUUAAAACUGAAAUAUUUCAUGACUAUUUCUUUUCAAAACAUUAAAAUGUAAUAAUAACUUAAUAGCUUCUUACUUCAAAUCUCAUGUUAUAAGGGCUUUAAAGAAGGAAUUAUUUAUUCCACCUCUGUUUUAAUAUAAAAUUUUGCAUUCUGGCAUUUGCUAAUUGAAUUCCUAGGAAAUGUAAAAGUGCCAUGUUCCUGGAAAGAUCAAUGUUAAUUUUGCUGUCACAACCUUUCAGGAAAUUCUUGCCCAACUUUCAUUUCCAUCAUUUAAAAAAAAGUUUAAUUCCACAAGCUGCCAUUGUUUUAAAAAAUUUUGGCAAGGCUAAAUUAUCUUCCAACAUUGUGUCUCCAACUUUUUGUGGUUGGCCCCCAAUAAUCUGUAAAGGUUACUGAUUGUGUUUCUAGCUUCCAAACCUUGUGAAAUGGAUUGUAGUGUUGUGGGAAUGCCAGGAAAUGAAUUUGCCUCUCUUGAGAUACUCCAUGAUUAGUAGCAUAAGUUUCCCAUGAGAAAAUUGCACCUGCCAAAUAUUCUGCAUUUGGUUCAAUAUAUCCGUACUUCCCAGAUAUAAUUGGAAUGAAAUGCUAUCUUCAUGCCGGACGUAAUUUUUUAUUAGAUUCUUUCCAGUAGCUUUAUGGCCUAAUUUCUUCCAUUCUUUUUCCCUGAGACAAGUUAUGACCGAUCCUGGUUGUCUGGUCAGUGGUUAAAUGGAGGACACAAGGCCUAUUUAAGUAAGAGGCUGAUGUCUAUAAACUGGGCAAGGAUCUCCAGACUCUUGUACUUGCUGGCAAUAGUUACCAACUAAUUUCUUCUGAUGUUUGAGGUACGUUAAUACAGGGAACAGAUGAGGCCUCAAAUAGCCAAUCACAAUUCUCCAUGUGCCAUUUGGGGUGGUGUCAACCAUCCUCAGUUGGAAGUGACACAUUAGCCACAAAGAAAUACUUUGUAAAACCAGUAGUGCAUGAAAGUUUUAUCUUGGAAUAUGCUCGUUUUCUUAGAAUGGUGUUUCAUUUGGUAUUUAGAAUGUAUUUUUUUGUAACUGAAUAUACUUUCCAAUGCUAUCCCUGAGAACACUGAAUUUUUUUUUGAAGUUUGAACUUGAGGUCUUCCCAGCACUGUUGUAGUUUAUCUAUGUUGUCUGAAGCUUGCCAUUUCCAAUAUUGAUCAGGUGAUGAUUCCAUAUUUAUGUUGUUCUUAACAUGGACAUAAUUUUCAUAACCCAUUUAUUCUCAUGUAUUGUUGACCUUAGAGAAUGGUUGUUUUUUCCUUAAAAUAGUAUUUUUUAAAUAAAUAUGAAGAUUUCUGAAUGAUGCCAUACAAAUAAUUGUAAUGGUUUGAAUCAGUCAAGUAUACAGGUGGUUCAUUCUUGCUUAAAUAGCUUAAUGCUAAUAGCAUUAGGGAGAGUGUAUGCAGUGUGUCACGCUUUGCAAUUGAAUGUGACAUUGUUUAUG